AAGCUCGCUGUCUGGACUUCGAGGCAUGAAGAUUGGUGGGACGGUAAUCGUUGUUAUUCUCUUGGCUAGCAGUAUUCAUGCUACUACAGACGAGACUGCAAGUAACGAGAUGUGUGCUGGAGAGAAAGGAAACAAGGGUGACCUUGGACAUCCGGGGUCAGCAGGACUUAGAGGAUACAAAGGAGAAAAGGGAGAGAGCGGUGUUCCUGGAGAUAGUGGAGCUAAAGGCGAUGCCGGCAUCAGAGGUGUUCCUGGAGCUCGUGGUCCAGUCGGUCGACCUGGCGUGAUGGGUCCAUCUGGUUAUGGCAAGACCGGAGCUCAAGGACCUCAAGGAAACCCGGGGAGUCAGGGUCCAGUUGGACCUCCAGGUUUGCCAGGAGUGAAAGGAGUACAAGGUUCUAAGGGAGGCAAAGGAAAUAUUGGAGGUCGAGGUGUAGCAGGAGCAGAUGGAACUCCAGGUCCCCCCGGACACAGGGGUCAAACAGGAAUAACAGGAACAAAGGGAGAGAAAGGGAUUAUAGGAGAACCAGGACACAAAGGGGAGCAAGGAAGGCAAGGAGUGCCUGGACAAGCAAUUGAUCCUGAAAGUUUAAAGGAAUACUUUAAUCCAGUCGAAAACUUAAAACUUCAAUUUAACAAAGAAUUGGAUAAAAUGAAUAGCACACUUCUUCAACAAAUUAAUGAGUUAGAACAGAAACUCUCGUUUGUUACUGAAAAACCCGCUGCCCAUUUGAACGGUGAUGGAACGUCGCACGGCCACUAUAAUUCUGGAACUGUAAGUCAAUGGUAUACUAGAAGUGGUUCUAUCUGGUCUCCUUUCCUUCGCGGUGGCAUGCAGUAUCAAGACGGUGUUAUCACGGUUCCGACCAGCGGUCUUUACUAUGUCUACGGGCAAAUUCAAUAUAUACAUAGCAAAACUAGUUACUACCGAGCUGGUUUUCGUAUCACAGUGAAUGGAAGCUAUCGUGUUGUUGCUUAUCGCAAUCAUCAGAAACUCAGGGAUUUCGCCUCUCAUUACACGGGACGAAUUAUUCAACUAAACAGAAAUGACAAACUGUCGAUGACAUUUAUUGCAGAUAGCCACUACUACUUCCAUAGUCAUUUGACCUUCUUCGGUGUAUUUUCAGUUAACUGAAUAAUCAUGACUCUUGAGAAGUCGUUUGUUUGCGCAACCUUAAAUG